AUAAAAACGAGAAAGUGAGAAAGACCCAGGUGAGAAAAAAUGAUUCAUCUUCAGAAUCAAAAUACCUCUGAUGGACCACACACAAAAUAUUGCACUCUAGCAUAGUUAGAAAUAGCAAAAAAAUGAAGGUGUUUUUCUAAAGCUUUUUCCAUCAUCCUUGGAACAUGGUGUUCCUCUUCUCACCUCAGCAAUGAGAACUGAGGAGGAUGAGACACUGUUGGUGUGAAAUGCAUUAGUGUUAGUGUCAGAAGUAGAGAGAGAGAGAGGAGGGCUGGUAAUGAAUAGGGUCAUAGACUAGUAUAAUAUAAUGUUAAAUUGAUUAAUUUUAACUUUAUUUUUGGUGAAGUUCAUGGGAGACAAGAGCGUAUCAAGGAAAAUCUUUAAAAUUCGAUUUUUUCUUAUCUGUUUGAUAUAAAUAAAAAAGUGAACAACAGAGAAAAGCAAGCAUAAAAAAGGUCAUAUAUAUAUAUAUAUAUAUAUAUAUAUAUUAGGAAAAAAAAAAAACAAAUAAGAGGGUGUUAGAGCGAGAGACAGAGAUUUAAGACCAAACAAAAACAGGUUCCUAUGGUUCAUUAUACAGCCACCCUCUCUUGCCUGUUACCGAUAUGAAGGGGAGCAAGGGGACAUAGCAGCUCACAACAACUAGGUAGAGUGUGAAUUUCUUGCUGAUGGGUCUUAGUUUGAAGAUGCAGAGCCACCAUCCUGUGGCUUUGAGGUUGCAUGAUCAAAUGGGGUCUAAAAGGAAGUACACUUUCAUUCAGGCCCAUAGAGCUUGGUUGCCAAAGUUUUUGCUGCUGUGGAUCCUGCUAAUGGCUUUGAUCAGUUGGUGCAUCUAUAGUAAAAUGGAUGAUGAUACUAAAGUCAGAAGAAAAGAGGUGUUGGGUAGCCUCUGUGAUCAAAGGGCAAGAAUGUUGCAAGAUCAGUUUAGUGUUAGUGUUAACCAUGUCCAUGCCCUUGCCAUCCUUGUUUCAACCUUCCAUUACUACAGAAACCCUUCUGCCAUUGACCAGGAAACCUUCGCUGAGUAUACAGCCAGGACAGCAUUUGAACGACCGCUACUGAGUGGUGUGGCUUAUGCACAAAGAGUUGUUAACUCUGAGAGGGAGAGAUUUGAGAAAGAACACGGAUGGGUUAUAAAGACAAUGGAAAGAGAGUCUUCACUGGUCAGAGAUGAGUAUGCACCGGUGAUAUUCAUGCAAGAAACUGUCUCCUACCUUAUGGCUCUUGAUAUGAUGUCUGGGGAGGAGGACCGAGAAAACAUUUUAAGGGCUAGAGCCACUGGGAAAGCGGUUCUGACUAGCCCUUUCAGGUUGUUGGGUUCUCAUCAUCUUGGUGUGGUUUUAACAUUCCCUGUGUACAAAUCUAAGCUCCCUCCAAAGCCAACAGUGGAAGAACGCAUUGAAGCAACUGCAGGAUAUGUUGGAGGAUCCUUUGAUGUUGAGUCCCUUGUGGAGAAUUUACUUGGGCAACUUGCUGGGAACCAAGCAAUUUUGGUCAAUGUGUAUGAUGUCACGAACUAUACUAAUCCCCUAAUCAUGUAUGGCAACCAAUAUGAAGAAGGUGAUACAUCACUUGCCCAUCAAAGCAAGCUUGAUUUUGGAGAUCCAUACAGGAAACACCAGAUGAUAUGCAGGUACCAUCAAAAGGCACCAACAAAUUGGAUAGCUCUUACAACGGCGUUCCUAUUCUUUGUGAUUCUUCUAUUAGUGGGUUACAUUUUGUAUGGUGCUGGAAAUCAUAUUGUCAAAGUUGAAGACGAUUUCCAUGAAAUGCAGGAAUUAAAAGGCCUAGCAGAAGCAGCUGAUGUUGCCAAAUCCCAGUUUCUGGCUACAGUCUCGCAUGAAAUUCGAACACCCAUGAAUGGUAUUUUAGGAAUGCUUGCUAUGCUUCUAGAUACAGAGUUGAGUUCAACCCAACGAGAUUAUGCUCAGACUGCUCAAACAUGUGGAAAGGCACUGAUAACAUUAAUAAAUGAGGUGCUGGACCGAGCUAAAAUUGAAGCUGGCAAGUUAGAGUUGGAAGCUGUUCCGUUUGACCUUCGUUCCAUACUUGAUGAUGUCCUUUCUCUUUUUUCUGAGAAGUCUAGAGAAAAAGGCUUGGAGCUGGCUGUGUUUGUUUCUGAUAAUGUUCCGGAUAUUGUCAUGGGAGAUCCAGGGAGAUUCAGACAAAUAAUAACAAAUCUUGUUGGCAACUCGGUUAAAUUUACUGAACAAGGACACAUAUUUGUUAAAGUCCAUCUAGCAGAAAAUAGAAAGUCCAUAAUGAAUGGACAACAUGAGACUUUUUUAAAUGGAGAAUCAGAUGAAGUUUUCCAUUUAUCUGGUGAUUAUCAUUUCAAAACCUUGAGUGGAUGUGAAGCAGCUGAUGAACGGAACAGCUGGGAUAAUUUUAAGCAUCUAAUUGCUGAUGAAGAAUCUUGCCUGGAUUCUUCAAGAGAAAUGGUGGCCUCUUGUGAAUCUUCUGAGCAAGUCUCCUUGAGGGUCUGCGUGGAGGACACUGGAAUUGGAAUUCCUUUCUCAGCACAGGAUAGGAUAUUCAUGCCUUUUGUGCAGGCUGAUAGCUCAACCUCACGAAAUUAUGGGGGUACUGGUAUAGGCUUGAGUAUCAGUAAAUGCCUGGUUGAACUAAUGGGUGGCCAGAUAAACUUCAUAAGUCGACCCCAGGUUGGUAGCACGUUUUCGUUUACUGCAGUUUGUGGAACAUCGAAGAAAAGAUCAGCUAGUGACAUGAAAAAUUUGGAAGAUCUUCCUUCCAUUUUUAAAGGGCUGAAAGUCAUUGUGGUUGAUGGAAAACCUGUUAGAGCUGCUGUCACUCGAUACCAUUUAAAGAGAUUAGGGAUACUAGUUAAAGUUGCAAAUAGUAUCAGUAAAGCCAUUACUUUAUGUGGUAAAAGUGGUUCUUUGAUGUCAGGAACAUUCCAGCCUGAUAUUGUCAUGGUUGAGAAGGACACAUGGAUAUCUGGAGAGGAUGGAAGUUUCAAUGUAUGGAAACAGAAUGGUCAUAUGUUUAAGAUGCCUAAAAUGAUCCUUAUGGCAACCAAUAUUAGUAGUACUGAGUUUGACAAAGCUAAGGCCACAGGUUUCACUGAUACUGUAAUCAUGAAGCCGCUGAGAGCUAGCAUGGUGGCUGCUUGUCUUCAGCAAGUUUUGGGGAUGGGGAAGAAGAGGCAGCUUGGGAAAGACAUGCCUAAUGGUUCUGCUUUUCUACAUAGCCUUCUUUAUGGAAAGAAAAUCCUGGUGGUUGAUGACAAUAAGGUAAACCGGAGGGUAGCUGCAGGUGCACUUAAAAAGUUUGGAGCUGAUGUGAAGUGUGCUGAAAGUGGCAAAGCCGCUCUUGAAAUGCUUCAAUUGCCUCAUAAUUUUGAUGCUUGCUUCAUGGACAUUCAAAUGCCAGAAAUGGACGGAUUUGAAGCCACUAGUCUAAUUCGGAUGAUGGAGAGGAAGGCAAAUGAGGAAAUGAACAAUGGCAGCAAGUGGCAUGUGCCUAUACUGGCCAUGACAGCCGAUGUGAUCCAUGCUACAUAUGAUGAGUGCUUGAAAUGUGGCAUGGAUGGAUAUGUCUCGAAGCCAUUUGAGGAAAAGAAUCUGUAUCAAGAAGUAGCAAAGUUUUUCAAAUCCAAGCCCAUCUCAGACUCAUGACAAUGUGCUUCUUUUGCAUGCACUCAACUAGAAGAUUAUUGGAGAAAAGACACUUUAGUUUGAUCACUACGAGCACUAUCAUGUUGCAUGUAGAUUGUGCUUUCAUGCAUAGAGCAACACUUGGUUUUCCUACAUAUUUGAGUUGAGUUCAUUGAUUAGGGAUCAUUAUUAUUACUAACCACCUUCAAUUUGGCAUUAUUAGAAUCUGAGUAAAUGUAUACCACGUUACACCCCUCCAAUUGUGUACAGAUUCUGGGUAGGGGAUGAGUGAAUUUAUGUAAAUUCAAUAUGGUUUUUCCCCCAUUAUAAUU